AUGGCGCCCUCACCCCUCCAACAGAGAAGAACGCAUAAUACGUUACUUUUUCAGAAACUGCUGAAUUUGAGAGAUGGAGCGAGUCCGCUUACGCUGGUGCUGGAUUCGUUGGAGCAGAGUGGGAGGUUGGUUGUGAGGGAGUUUUGGAGGAGAGCUUUGAUAUCAAAAUCAAAAGUCAUCUUCAUAUCAUUUUCCACUCUCCAGAAACGUUUACCCUUUUCUCCAGAUGUUUUUGUCUCGGCUCAUAAAAUCCUCCUCAUAAUCGAUAACCUCCAUCCCCUCACAGCUCAUCCAGAGCACCUCUCCCCUUUCCUCUCUUCCCUAAUUAUCCACCCCACAAUCUCUCUCCUCUGCACACACCACCUCGAUAUUCCUCUCCCCUCCUCAACAACAAACCCCUACAUCCCCACUCCCCUCACAACUCUCCUCUUCCUCGCCACCGCCAUUAUCACCCCUCAAAACUUCACCCACGAAUUAGCACGCAAACGAGCGCGCGACAAGUCAGCACGCGAGCCUGAAUUCGGCACCGCAGAAGGAAAAGAAGGUGUACUUAUGGGUUUUGGCAAUAAUGCCAGUAUGACCAGCGAUGCGAAAAAUGGGGAAAUCGUCCUAAUCCUCGAACUGCGCCGGAAAUCCGGGAGAGGAACUCGUGAAACUUUCAUCUACACACCGCCCUCACAUCAUACCACAUCUCCUACGACGAAAGAUAUAGGAAGUAUUCAACUUCUCGAUGAGCAUCCCGCAUUCGCGGUCCCGGAUAUUUCGGAUGCUGCGAUGGGGAAGGAGGAGGAGGAGGGAAUAGAGGGCGAUGUAACAUUUUCGCUGGGAUUGACGGAGAAACAGAAGAGGGAUAGGGAGAAUGUUGUACUACCGUAUUUCGAUGCGCAGAAAGAGGGAGGCAUUGGGAGUGGUGGAAAGAUUCUCUAUGAGAUGGGGGCGGAGGAUAGAGAAGAUUUUGAUGAUGAGGAGGAUGAGAUUUAG